GUAAUCAUAGAACAAAAUGGCAAAGGGUUUCACCGUGGCUGCCUUCGUUUCUACAGCUCUCUGCUUCUCCUCCGUUCUCAUCUCCGCCUACGCUGCAGAUUACUUAGAUGUCGAAGGCAAGGUUUACUGUGACACUUGCCGGGUUGAGUUUCAGACCAAGAUCAGCGACGCUCUUCCAGGUGCCAAGGUGAAACUGGCAUGCAACAACCGUGAGAAUGGCACCUUGACAUAUACCGUGGAGGGCUCAACCGACAGCAGGGGCACAUACCGCCUACCCGUGGCGGGAGAUCACGAGGAAGAUAUCUGUGAGGUUAGGUUGGUGGAGAGCCCCAGAGCCGAUUGCAAUGAACCAUUCAAGAGCGUUGAUUCUGCUAGGAUCCUCCUCACCAAGAACGUUGGAGUGGUGAAUAGUCUCCGAUAUGCCAAUGCUCUUGGGUACAUGAAGAAGGUUGCUCAACCAGAAUGUGCAAAAGUACUCGAAGAAAUGGGUUUCCUUCCUGUUGAGGCGGAAAAUUGAUUGAUUAAAUCUUCAUCAUUAUACUUCCUUUUUUGCCUCACCUGAAUAAUAAAACUUGACAUGUAAUGCCAUUUUUCUCUGUUGUGUAGCUAUCGACAAUUGUAACCCAGUGUUUCAAUGGAUCUAUAGCAAUUAUUUGAUACAGC